GUGACCUUGGGGGACUAGAACUUUGCGAUAAUCGUGCAUUUGCAUUUUAGACCUUUGAUUGAAAAUGUUUGGCUGGGGUUCUGGGCUGGCCUUGCCCUCCGCCACUUCAGAGCCGGAGAAGGAACGCAGACCCCCCGCUGACCCGACACCUCUCGAUUUCCCCAUCUACAACUUAUCCAAUGUCCUCGAAAAUGAGUCGGAGUCAAGACUCAAGGAGAUGUCCGACCUCCUGGCCGACAUCAAACGCCCACAGGACAUCUGCGUGGAGCGCUUCAAGCCGUUGAACCUGCAAUUGGAGACAGGCGUCGAAGUCGCCCACAUGAUUCCCGAAGACCACUCGCACCCCGUCGCACCCUUGCCAUGGGAAGAUACCACCGAACCGACGGAAGACAAUCCGCGACCGUUGAUGGGCAACGGAGCCCCGUACCCCUCGAAGGAACGAUACGAAGUCCUGGAAAAAGAGCUAGAGUUAGAUAAUGACGACGCUUUCCGCGAGGUGGCUCGAUUGCCGCCGCGUGAGGGCCGCAGCCGAGUUCGUAUAACGCAGUCGAGGAAGUUCUGGACGGGAUUGGAGCGCAUGGCUCAAUACUGGGAUACUAGCCUAGACCAUUACUAUGAGCGUCCGGCAACCCCCGAUCCGACGCCCCCGUCUGAGAUGGAGCGGGCAGAGGAUGGCACAAUGCAGGUGGAUGCUGAGGAUUCCAAGAUCAGACACUCCCUGACAGACGGUGCAAUGGACCUGGAUGAAGCACAGACAGCCGCGCCUUCGAACAACGACACUUUUGGCGAUGAGCAGCGGCCUUCUGUCCCUGUAUACACGGGCCGCCGCAUUGGCAACGGGGCCGAGAUGCCCGAUGAAAUGCGUGACGAAACAAUCCGAGCCUUCGUGGAGAUGGCCGCAUGGCCAUUCGGAUGCCAGGUCACGGUCCCCACGCUCCAACCACGACUGACCACUAAGAACCUCUUGUUCCCCGUCCGGCAAACAUUCCAGUCCUCACGGUCCCCGCGGGACCGCCAGAUUGCGCGGAGCGGCAUGCUCGAAGGUCCCGUUCUCAUCUCACAGUGUCGACCCGAGACGUCUUUCCGCACUGCGGACAAUGCCCCCGGGACCGGGAUUGGCGAUGUAAGUGAUUUAUUCCGUGAGGUGGGCGGCAUGCUUCUCGCGGCGCAAGAGCGUGCCCGCGAAGGCGCAGUCGAGAAGCGACCCGGCGAGGGCAAAUGGUGGACCAUGCAGCCUCGCUUCGGAGGCGCCCCCAACGACGGGAUCCUGGAUGAUCUCGUUAAUCACGAACACGGGAUGUCCCUGCCGGACUCAAUGAUGGAAGAAAGCACGUCAUCUGCCCAAGACGCGGGGGGCGCUUCCAAGCGUCACAAGUUCGAGCAUCCGUUUGUCACGUCUCUAUCUCGGAGGCCGAGUGCUAUGCGCAGACUUACUACCAGUGAAAAGUGGAAGAUUCUGCAGCCUGGACCUAGUCUUUGGGAUAAGCGGAUGAGCUAUUUGCAGAUAGGCAAGGUCCAGGAGAGUCCCUAUGACGAUAUUUACAUGAUCUCAUCUAUCAACCACCACGUUUCAAUCCUCCACCUCCGCGUCCACAGGCGGUAUUUGGACAUCCUCACCACCGGCGACAGCACAUUCCCAACAACCGAAGGCGAGCCGUGGCAUGUGCUGAAGCUGCAGAGGACUCGAUGGCUCGACCUGUUCGACGCCAACGACCGCAUAGAAGCGCUGAAGGGUGUGUGGCAACUGUUCCACCACCAGCUGAGACAGACACGCCGCGAAGGCGACGUCCCAGUCCCGCUAGAAUUACCUUUAGAGUGUCCAUUAUAGAGCAUGCAUGAUGGUAUUCAUGGGAACAUGCUUUUGACUCCCUAGCCCCCAGUGACCUUUCUCAAGCGAUGCAUCUUGUACAUACGGCGCAGCAAUAUUCGGUUUUUUUUCUCGCUUGCUGUGCCAACCUUCACCCCAUUCUUUUACCCAUACCCAUCUUCAAUGACAGCGGAUUACAUUGACUAUUUACAAUCUUGAAUAUAUUGGCAUCUGGCGGCGGGCUAUUCAUUUUACCGGUUACUAGAUGCUCUUUUCUUUUCGGCUGGAAGGUGGUUAUAUGGGUGAUUUGGGGUCUUGUGUUGUGCUUUGAUAUACCACGCAAUGAUUCUAUGGAUGGUGAUUUUGAUAUCUUUCUUUUACUUGUGGACAACUUGAUUUGAUAUACUUACUGCAUAUGGCGAGGUCCUGACUUGGAUGACUUAGAAUUCUGUUGGACUGGUCAUCAGUUGGGAUAAUCCAAUUGUCAUGAACCAUCUAUACUCCGUACAUGAUUUCGAACUAUCAAGACUCACAAUCAAUAAACCUCUUCUCCUCUGUGUAA